AUGGCUUCUUCUCCCGCCUCCCUCCGCUCUCUCUACCGCUCCCUCCUCCGUGAGCUCCCACCGCGACCCAUCCUCGCCUCACCGCGCUCUCAUAUACACACUCGCAUUAGAGACUCCUUCGCUUCCGGUUCCAAGGCUACCGCUGCCGCUGCCACACCGCAAGAAGCCCGCGCCCAAGCUGCUGCCCAGGCUGUAGCCUAUCUUCGAUCUCAGCGCAUGUACGCCACGUUACUCGAGCGGUAUAACCCUGGCAUGGGUAUGGAUGAGGAGGAGCGUGUUCGCUUGACCGCGCGGAGGGUUGGUAUGGAUCUCCCGGUUGAGUACAAGUAA